GAUAACGUUGCGUGUAACAUCUAGGACGACAAACCUUUUGAUAGUCAAUCAUUCCAAAUCAAUCUACAGCGAACUUCAACAUGUCAUACCGUAUCGUACCCCCCUCGCUAGCAGCAUCAGACUCUGCCCACGUCGUCUCGCACAAGGAUGUGGCCAACCCGCAGACCGGGACGAGAGAUACCUUGAGGCACGGUUUGAAGUCAGGGAACGGGGAUGCUGGGACCGUACAUGCCUUGCAGUCGAGGUUGGAGCAGUGGCAAGCCACCCAAACUCAGAUGAAGAUGACUCUGCAGCGUAACGUCUACGGGAUCGCCCUCCCUCUCCGAACUAUGAUGGAGAAGAACCUGGUCGCCGAGGACAACCACUUCCCCGCCCUGACAGCUUCCGAACUCCCCCUCGGAGGUAGCAUGGACAUCCACGCAGAGAUCUUGGCUGGGACGGACGAGAGCAUCGACGUCGGCGAUUUCAUGUCGGGCGGUGCGCUGCCGAAGGAGACGGUCGAUAUCCACAGCGCCAUGGAGAAGCGAAAGGGGAUGACCAAGUAGACCCAAUCCGACCCGGACCGGUCUGUCCGAUCACCAUCUACCCGGCGCGGAGGCAGGGAUCCGAAUCGGACGGGAGGCGUUGUAUCUAUGAUCGAUGUGCACGGCACUUGUUUUGUGCUCCCUUCCCCUUCCUUUAUGAUGAACCAUUUACGAAUGUCCUUGCGACUCGUUCGGCCGGAACACGAAGAGCGAAAAGCCAGUC